UCACAUUUCCUUCCUCAACUGUCAUCUGCUACCGCGUCUGAUUCAAAACAAGGAAGUCGUUGAUUCUGGAACCUCUCUGCUACUUAAUAAAAGCCCUAAUCGCAAGCUUCAUCGCUCUCAGACCAACAAUCCCAGAAAAACCCCAUUUUUUGUAUUUUCUCCACAAUUUGAAAAAUGGGUGAUAAUAAAAGAAAGAGAGGUCCAAAACCCAAAACCCCAGUAGCUGAAGAUACCAAUAUCACCACCAUGGAUAUCCAAUACACCAACCCCACCACCGCAAACGACGCCGUUUCAGUUCCCGCGAACGAAACCGCCACUGACCCCAGUAGCUCCCAGCCCAGUCGCCGUGGACGAGGCCGGCCCAGAAAGACCGAGAAGCUCAACAUAGCGGCUUCACCGGAACGACGAAGCUUGAGACACGCGGACCAAAACGGCGAUGGUGGACACGCCUUGGCUGUCGUUUCCGAGCCACAGUUGAUGGUGCCGAGCUGGGAGAACGUGGCGAGAGUGGUCCCGGCCAUGGAGGCCGUAGUAAAGGUGUUUUGUGUGCACACGGAGCCUAAUUUAUCGUUGCCAUGGCAGAGGAAGAGGCAGUACAGUUCGAGCAGUAGUGGGUUUGUGAUAGGAGGCAGGAGGGUCUUGACCAAUGCGCACUCUGUGGAGCACCAUACCCAGGUUAAGCUCAAGAAACGUGGCUCUGAAACUAAGUACUUGGCCACUGUGUUAGCCAUUGGAACCGAGUGUGAUAUUGCAAUGCUUACGGUGAGUGAUGAUGAAUUCUGGGAAGGAGUUUCACCUGUGGAGUUUGGAGAGUUACCUGCACUCCAAGAUGCUGUGACGGUUGUGGGCUACCCUAUUGGGGGUGACACAAUCUCUGUGACAAGUGGUGUUGUGUCACGUAUGGAGAUACUGUCUUAUGUUCAUGGAUCGACUGAGCUUCUAGGAUUGCAGAUAGAUGCUGCAAUAAACUCUGGAAACUCUGGUGGGCCUGCCUUUAAUGAUAAAGGGAAAUGUGUGGGUAUCGCAUUUCAGUCUCUUAAACAUGAAGAUGUGGAAAAUAUAGGUUACGUCAUACCAACACCAGUUAUUAUGCACUUCAUUCAAGAUUAUGAGAAGAAUGGGGAAUAUACAGGGUUCCCAGUUAUUGGAGUUGAAUGGCAGAAGAUGGAAAAUCCUGAUCUGCGCACGUCAAUAGGGAUGAGAACUGAUCAAAAGGGUGUGCGUAUCAGAAGAAUUGAACCUACAGCUCCAGAAUCACAUGUUCUGAAGCCAUCCGAUAUUAUUCUUAGCUUUGAUGGGGUUAACAUUGCAAAUGAUGGCACAGUUCCAUUCAGGCAUGGAGAGCGCAUAGGUUUCAGUUACCUUGUGUCUCAAAAGUAUACUGGUGAUAAUGCUCUAGUAAAAGUUCUUCGUAACUCAGAGAUACUUGAGUACAGCAUAAAACUUUCAACUCACAAGCGACUCAUCCCGGCACACAUCAACGGCAAACCUCCUUCAUAUUAUAUCAUUGCUGGUUUUGUUUUUGCAGCGGUAUCUGUUCCAUAUCUGCGUUCUGAGUAUGGAAAGGAUUAUGAAUUUGACGCUCCAGUGAAACUGUUGGACAAGCAUUUACAUUCAAUGGCGCAGUCUAUCGAUGAACAGCUUGUUGUUGUUUCUCAGGUACUUGUUGCCGACAUUAAUAUUGGAUAUGAGGACAUUGUUAACACUCAGGUUCUCGCUUUUAAUGGUAAACCUGUGAAUAAUCUGAAGAAUUUGGCCAGCAUGGUGGAGAAUUGUGACGACGAGUACCUAAAGUUUGACCUAGAGUAUGAUCAGAUGGUUGUACUACAGACAAAAACUGCCAAGGCAGCAACUUUAGAUAUCCUCCUGACACAUUGCAUACCUUCAGCAAUGUCUGAUGACCUUAAGUCUUAAGACUCAAGAGAAGAUCCUAUUCCCAUAGAUGAACUUUACAACGAAUGCUCAUAAAAGGAAUGGGGUACAGACUACGCCACGGAUUUCAUUUUCUUAUGGAGAAUAAGAAUAGAAGCUGGCAAUUCAUGGGUUCUUUCCGUUUCUUUGUGUACCAAUUAGACCCUCAGUUGGGGUUGAUGUCUUCUUCAGAUUUGAACUGAUUCUUAUACAGUAGAAGAAAGCAGCGAGGAAAUGAAGUUUGGUUUUCCUAGAAUGAGCAGCGUCUCAUGAUCUUACUUGUUCGUCGAUUUCAUUUCUUCCAGCUACAAACAUUUGGGCAAUAUCAUGUAACAUUAUUACCGGCUGAUCCAUUUGAGAAAAUUAUAGAAGUUGAGCUGUACAGUUCCCUGUACCUAGGGUCAUUUAUGUAUUUGCCGUGCUCUUUUUCAUUUUA